AUGCAGCGAUUACUCUUUACGCCCUUGAAGGCCUUGCUGGGGAGCCCGUGUCUCCGGCUCCUGGUUCCUAGGGUGGCGCCUAGAACACAGUGUGGUUGCAGUUGUGGGAUCAGGCGCCCUUUGAGGCCAGGGCAAUACAGCACUAUCUCCAAUGUAGCUUUGCAACCUGGAAGGGGUACAGUAUCCCUCCCUUCAAAGGCUGCUGAGCGGGCGGUGGGCCGAUGGCUCCUGGUCUGCAGUGGGACAGUGGCUGGAGCAGUUAUUCUUGGUGGAGUAACAAGGCUGACAGAGUCUGGCCUCUCCAUGGUAGAUUGGCAUUUAAUAAAGGAGAUGAAGCCACCCACAAGCCAAGAGGAAUGGGAAGCAGAAUUCCAAAAAUAUCAGCAAUUUCCAGAAUUUAAAAUCUUGAAUCAUGAUAUGACGCUGGCGGAAUUCAAGUUCAUCUGGUACAUGGAGUACUCACACCGAAUGUGGGGUCGCCUUGUAGGCCUUGCAUACAUCCUGCCUGCUGCCUACUUUUGGAAAAAGGGCUGGCUCACCCGUGGCCUGAAAGGACGUGUUCUUGCCCUCUGUGGUUUAGUUUGCUUCCAGGGCCUUUUGGGAUGGUAUAUGGUGAAAAGUGGAUUAGAAGAAAAACCAGAUUCCCACGACAUCCCUCGAGUCAGUCAGUACCGCCUGGCUGCCCACCUGGGAUCAGCCCUUGUGCUCUACUGUGCCAGCUUAUGGACCUCGCUCUCCCUGCUGCUUCCUCAGCACAAGUUGCCUGAAACCUGUCAACUCCUGAGGUUGAGACGAUUUGCUCAUGGAACUGCAGGCCUGGUGUUCCUUACGGCUCUCUCAGGGGCUUUUGUGGCAGGGCUGGAUGCUGGACUUGUUUACAACUCCUUCCCCAAGAUGGGAGAAUCUUGGAUCCCAGAGGAUCUCUUUAGCUUCUCCCCUCUCCUGAGGAAUGUUUUCGAGAAUCCCACCAUGGUGCAGUUUGAUCACCGGGUUCUGGGCAUCACUUCAGUUACUGCCAUUACAGUACUCUACCUCCUCUCCCGAAGAAUUCCCCUCCCUCGAAGGACCACGAUUGCAGCCACCACUCUGCUAGCUUUGGCAUAUACACAGGUGGGCUUGGGCAUCAGUACUCUGCUGACGUACGUCCCAACUCCUUUGGCUGCCGCUCACCAGUCGGGCUCCCUGGCUCUGCUCAGCGCUGCCCUUUGGCUCAUGAAUGAACUCCGAAGAGUCCCGAAAUAA